AAAACGGAGAGAGUAGUGUUUUUAUGUAUUUAAAAAUGUUUAUGAUUUUACAUAUUAAGCUAGUUAAUUUAGUAUUUUAGUAUUUGUUUUGCAAUUAAACAAAAUUCUGUUCAAUAUUUAUAAAAUAAAAUAUAUUAAUUAAACUCCACAACAUCAUGUUUUCAAAUAUAAAACUCAAACUAAAUAUUUAAAAUCAUUUAAAUCUGGAAGAAGUAUUAAAAUGGUGCGCAGUUCAACAUAAGAAAAGUACAAUUGAUUGGACAAAUUUUUAAGGUUUGACGACUGAUUCCUGAAAAUGGAAAUAUUAUAAAUUUUAAGGUUCGAUAAUGUCGGAACUUGAAACCAACUUCGUGACGACCACUUCACUUGUGACGCCAUAGUUUCCUUUAAUUAUUUUCUAAUUAAAUCAGUCAAAAGCUUUUAUAAAUUAUUUAAUUCUCAUUUACGUAUCUGCUUAAAACAUUCACCAAUAGAGAAUAUAUUCUCUUGAUUUGAUUUCGUGCGAAAUCUGAAGAUCGAUGGCGGCUCUUGAGAUCUGCGUGAAGGGUGCCGUUGGUGCUCCUGAUGUUCUCGGUGACUGCCCGUUCAGCCAACGGGUUCUUCUGACCCUCGAAGAGAAGAAACUUCCUUACAAGAUUCAUCUCGCUAACGUCUCCGGCAAACCCCAAUGGUUUUUAGACAUUAGCCCGGAAGGCAAAGUUCCGGUGAUGAAGCUUGACGGAAAAUGGGUGGCUGAUUCAGACGUCAUCGUCGGGAUCCUCGAAGAGAAAUAUCCAGAGCCUUCUCUCAAGACUCCUCCUGAGUUCGCCUCUGUUGGAUCCAAAAUCUUUGGUUCUUUUGUGACUUUCUUGACAAGCAAAGACCCCAGUGACGGUUCCGACAAGGCUUUGCUUAAUGAGUUAGAAUCCCUGGAGAAUCACCUUAAGACACGUCCUGGUCCAUUUGUAGCUGGAGAGAAACUCACUGCGGUUGAUCUGAGUUUAGCACCAAAGCUUUACCAUCUUGAGAUUGCUCUUGGUCAUUACAAGAAAUGGUCUGUCCCUGAGAGCUUGACCAAUGUUCGAAGCUACACCAACGCUUUGUUCUCUAGAGAUUCGUUCGAGAAGACCAAAGCUAAGAAGGAGUUUGUGGUCGCUGGUUGGGCAUCUAAGGUGAACAAGUGAUGUGCCGAUCCAUAUUAGCUGCUUCAAGUUAUGUUGCUUCAAAAUAAAUAAAAAAGUUAUGUUGCUUUAAAGUUAAAAAAAUAAGGUUUUUUCGCUUUCAAGUACUAUCAGUAUCACCAAAUAAUGAAACGAGCGAAUACUCUUGUGUUAUCAAAUCAAAUCAAUAAUGAUGCAAUAAAACAAUCAUGUCCUUUAUUCAA